CAACCUCGUUUUUAAUUUUCUCUUCCUUUUCAUUUGCAACUGAAAAAUGUCGUCUGGUGCUACAUUUAUAUUAAACAACGGUGUGACUAUGCCUGCCUUAGGACUUGGCAGCUGGCAAUCGAAGCCUAACGAAGUUUACGACGCUGUCCUGACCGCAAUCAAAGCAGGAUAUAGACACAUUGACACAGCAUAUGUUUACCGAAAUGAAAAGGAGGUUGGACUGGCAAUCAAAAAUAGUGGUGUUCCUCGAGCAGAAUUAUUUGUAACUACCAAGCUCUGGAACAACAAUCACCGACCUGACCUCGUUCAAAAGGCAAUCGAAGCUUCACUCGAAAACCUGCAGUUAGACUAUGUGGAUUUAUAUCUCAUGCACUGGCCAAUCGCUUUCCAAGCGUCAGAGUCAAAUUUUCCCAAAAAUUCCGAUGGAAACAUUGCUGUAGAUAAUUCUAUUGAUUACAUAGAUACCUACGCUGCCAUGGAGAAACUAAUUCAAUUAGGUAAAACUCGUGCAAUUGGUAUCAGUAAUUUUACACUUGAAAAGGUUGACCGUCUAUUAAAAAAUUGCAAAAUACCCCCGGCUGUCAAUCAGGUUGAAUUACAUCCCUAUUUGGCCCAAUCUGAUCUAAUUAAGUUCUGUCAAAAUAAUGGUGUUCAUGUUACUGCAUAUUCUCCACUCGGUAGUACUGAUUCUCCAGUCAUGCAAGAAUCGGUUGUGGUUGAUAUUGCAAAACGUCAUAAUGCUUCUCCAGCCCAAGUCUUGUUAGCAUGGGGUAUGCGCCGUGGAUGUUCAGUUAUUCCCAAAUCUGUAACAGCAUCGCGUAUUAUCUCUAAUUUCCAAGUCAUUGAGCUUGAAGAUGGCGAUUUUAAUGCCAUUGAAGAAUUAACGAAAACGGUCGAACCUAAGCGUUUGGUUGAUCCAUCUCCUUUCUGGGGUGUUGAUAUUUAUGGUUCUACUACCAAAUCCAAGUUAUAAUGACAGAGAGACCUUCAUAUUGUUUUUUUAUUGUGUGAAAGCAAAUUAAAUUUUUGUCUAGUCUAUUUUAUUAUUAUAAUAUACAAUGAGGG